AUGCAAAUUGUUUUUUACUUGGGAUUCAAAAUUAAUCUUGACAACAGAGUUGUGUGCGGCGUGUGGAGUGCAAGUUGUGUGCGGCGUGUGGAGUGCAAGUUGUGUGCGGCGUGUGGAGUGCAAGUUGUGUGCGGCGUGUGGAGUGCAAGUUGUGUGCGGCGUGUGGAGUGCAAGUUGUGUGCGGCGUGUGGAGUGCAAGUUGUGUGCGGCGUGUGGAGUGCAAGUUGUGUGCGGCGUGUGGAGUGCAAGUUGUGUGCGGCGUGUGGAGUGCAAGUUGUGUGCGGCGUGUGGAGUGCAAGUUGUGUGCGGCGUGUGGAGUGCAAGUUGUGUGCGGCGUGUGGAGUGCAAGUUGUGUGCGGCGUGUGGAGUGCAAGUUGUGUGCGGCGUGUGGAGUGCAAGUUGUGUGCGGCGUGUGGAGUGCAAGUUGUGUGCGGCGUGUGGAGUGCAAGUUGUGUGCGGCGUGUGGAGUGCAAGUUGUGUGCGGCGUGUGGAGUGCAAGUUGUGUGCGGCGUGUGGAGUGCAAGUUGUGUGCGGCGUGUGGAGUGCAAGUUGUGUGCGGCGUGUGGAGUGCAAGUUGUGUGCGGCGUGUGGAGUGCAAGUUGUGUGCGGCGUGUGGAGUGCAAGUUGUGUGCGGCGUGUGGAGUGCAAGUUGUGUGCGGCGUGUGGAGUGCAAGUUGUUGUGUAAUAGGGUAA